UCCUCUGCCUUUUAUAUAUUUGUGUCCAUGAACACAAAUCAACAGAUUGAAAUUCGUGACUAUAUCACGAAAUGCCGUAAAACUUUGUUGGCCAUUCUGAAAGUCCAUAAUUAAGGGUUUGAUUUGUGCAUGAUGGCACCCAGAUCAUUUGAAGAUCAGACCUUUCAUUUCUAGAGCAAUAAACAUGGGGUUGUGGCUCUUGGUCAAAUAAAACAAAUGUGCUUUAUGUAUUAUACUGAUACUGCAAAUGUUUUAAAAUAUUGCUGCAUGGUCAGUUUUAUUUUCGUUGCCAACAGUUGCAUUAUUCUGCGUCUAUAUAAUGUCGUGCACAAAUAUGUCAGUGACUAAUAAAAUAGAAACCUCCACAGGGUUAAUAGUUUAUGCAGAGAUUCUGAAAGGCAAACCACAGUAACCACAUCCAUUUUGUAACAUCCGAGGCUCAACUUUUAUCUCCUCUAAUAUGUCUUGGCUGGAGGGCACUGGAAGCUAAUGUGAACGCUUUGCACUCCUUCCACCUACACUAAAAUCUUUAAAAUGCUUCUUUGGCUAUCAAGAUUUCCACAGGGUGUGUUUGUCCUAACAGGGCUUAUGCAAAUUCAGCAAAUCUGGAGCUAUCCUUCCGUUUUUCCUGUUGGCUUGUUGCAAUCAUUAGUUCUCCACCUACACCGAUUUGGACGAUCCGUAGCCGUUAGCACCUGGUCUGCAGAAUUUUACUGUAAGUCUUCAGCAGGAAAUACAUGCUUGUCUCAAACACCAUCCCUUUGUGAUGAUGUCCCUGUUUUCCUCCUUGCCUAAGGGCUAGUGACCUCCACAUGCAGGGGGUAGCCAAGAUUCCUGGAAUGUUAAUGGCUAUCUGGAUUGGACCUGGAGUUGUGUAAUAGUGAGAACUAAAAAGGGGAGGGGACGGAUCUGACAUACCAUGAGAAGCAGUGAUUAUAAGUGCGCAGAACUACACAACCACCUGCAGUUGAAUGUGGAUUGAUCGUGCUGCUCCAGUUAACUUGCUUCAGCUCCUUUUAGACAAAAUUUGAUUGGAAUCCAAAUCAAUGGCACUCUACGCCCUCCUCAUCUUCUCUAUUAGCUCGUCUGCUGUGCUGCAUGAAGGGCUUGGUUUGCCGGUGAUAAAUCAUUCUAGUGGAAAUGCCCCUCACAGACAGCGCACCAAACGAUGCUCUUGUAUUAAUCAGCUGGAUUCAGAAUGUCACUACUUCUGCCAUCUGGACAUCAUCUGGGUGAACACACCAGGUAAGAUUACUGUAUAUGGUCUGGGGAGUCCAUUGGCCCGACGCCGCAGAUCUACAGACCGCUGCUUCUGUGCCAAUCCUGCUGAUCAAACCUGUAACACCUUCUGCAUUCACAGCUCAAAGAGCAAUGCUGUCCUGCCGAGGAGCUUCUCUGACCCACUGCAGGAAAAUUCAGACGCCCUGGUUGCCUUGGAAAACCUAAAAAAUGCUGAUUCAGGAAUAGAGGUCACAGAGGGUUCUAUAAAUGAAGCUCCUGUUGAAUUGCUGACAUUCCUCCGGAAUUUGUUGAGAGCUAAAUCCAGGGCUAUGAAGAUGGUUGCUACUGCCAGGCAAAAAAGCUUUAGGGCCCAUAAACCAGGCCUGAGGUAAAGCUUUCUUGUAAACAGUAGAGAGAAACUCGAGCACCCGAACAAAACACAACCUCGUGGACUGUGGGGUACAUGGAUGAAGAUGUCAGAUGCAGAAGGCAAUGCCUGGGAGAACAAACAGGCUGAAAAUAGCAAAACAGUGGAAGAGACUACAGGGGUGAAAUCUUUAAGUCAUGUAGAAAGGUCUGGAUACAGGAGUAGACAGGCAAGUGAUGAAAAAAAGGUCAGUGUGACUUAAAAGUCUAAAGAAGGUGAAUGUUGAGGUUCUUCCCUCACAGCAGGGAUGUAGGAUUAUUAGCUACAGUCAUGAAAAGCAAAAAUGAAUCUUUGACCACUGAAUAAGAUGCUGACACAAAUGAUUUUGGGUGAGAAGAGAAAACAAAGAAACGAUGUUAAUUGUCACAUUCUUCUAAAAAGGCAUUGCAAACAAGUAAUAGUGAUGAGAUAAGAAAAGCUAAAUGUCUUAAACAGACGGCAUUUGCAUAAAACAUAUCAGUCAAAACACUGAAUAUGGCCUGACGAUGUUGUAUAAUGAUUUUUUUUUUUUUUUGGCCAACUUGUUGAAAGUAGUUUUCUUUAUUCAUCUUAAUAAGUACCCAUGUGAUAUUUUUCAUGGUAACAGCUGUCAAUAGAUUUGUGUUUGCCGAAGAAGCGCAUAUCAAAUAAAGGAUGUUGAUAUAGUUUAGUUAGUUUAGUUAUAGUUUGGAGUUAGCAAGAAAACAUCAGCUGGAACUGAGCUGAAAAUCUAGAGCAGACAACAUCAGGAUAGCGGGAAAUAUCAUGAAAGAGCUUUUUAAUGUGAGUUUAAUGAGUGGCAUACAGUACAGACCAUAUUUCCUUUGCUUUCUUAGCUGGUAUUAGGCAAGCA